AUGGCAUCAGACCGCGCCGCUUGGAAGCGUCUUACCCUUAUAGCCGUUGGAGCCAGCCUAACCAGUAAUGACGGACGUUUACGGAUCAGUCCAGAUCCUGCUAGAUUGGCACACUACGACUACAGUUUCAAUAAUAUGACAGUUGUCUGCUCGCAGCAAGUAGAUGGUAAACUUCAAGAGACAGAUGUUGUCGUCAAUGUUGAUUCUUUGAUCGGUGAUGACGAUAACAAUGGAAGAUAUCGAAUGGAUGAUUUCGAAUCGCUUCCGAAGAAUUUUAAAGAAAUUGUCCAUACGAGAAUGAAUAUCAAAAUCGGAAUUGGAUAUGGCGAGUGGUCCUGUUGUACAGCUUGUUGCUGUACGAGUGAGACUUGUUCCUAUGAAUAUGCGCUUUCAUCUAAGGAAUGCGAUAAAUUGGAAAGCUAUCGAACGCGGUUGGCAUAUCUCUCUUUUUUUAAAAUCAAUCCUUAUCGAGAAAUUAAAGUGGCGAUCGCGAGGAAUAUUCAUAUCCAACAAGCGAUUAUAACCUUUGAUAAAUAUCUAAGUACUGCACCAUACCAUUUAACAGGAAUACCUAUAUAUUCAACUCUUCUUCGCACUGAUCAGAACUGGAAAACUCUGCAGAGAUAUCUUUUGGCAAAAUUGAUCAAAGACAAGGAUUACUUUAAAACUAUUAAAGGCAAAUUAGGCCAAUUUGUUGAAUCGGAAAGUUGCAAUGAUAUGAAAGAGAAAUUUGAUUGUCGAAUUUUGGACGAGUACCUUGAAUACGCAGUUGAUGCAGUCUUUUCUGCUGGUAGUUAUAAGGAAAUGCAAAUAAUCUUAAACAAUGUGUCAGCAACUGCAACGAGAAUUGGAUUCGAUGAAGUACCUGAUUUUAAAUUUCUUGGAUCCACUCUAAUUCCAAAUGGCCAGGCGAAAUUGUAA